AUGUCAAUUUGGAAUCAUUUGGUGUGUAAACCAAUCAUGAGUUUUGUCCACAAAAAAUGUAGAAAUACUGGUAAGUUUUCGCUUUUAAUUUUUUGAAAUAAAUUUCAAAUUUUCUCUAGAAGUUCCAUAUUUGUUAAGCGAUUUAUACCGCUUCCCAGUUCCUGAUGAAUUUGUGAAAUGGAGUAAGAAGAUGGAUAACUAUGCGCCGAAAGAAUACACAGAUCCCAAAAAUCUUGGAAAACCUUGGAUGGAUCCGGAAGUUUCUUCCAUUUCGAAAUGGAAUUCAAUUGAUGGAAAGAUCAAUAGAAAAUCUUAUGUCAGUUUGUAUGCAUUUGAUGAGCAUUUGCGACCAAUAAAUCCCAUGGGAAGAACUGGAAUUUGCGGAAGAGGAAUUCUAGGGCGCUGGGGACCGAAUCAUGCCGCAGAUCCCAUCGUAACCCGGAAAAAUCCCGAAACUUCCGCUCUCGAAUUUGUCGCAAUUCAAAGAAAAGACAAUGGUGAAUGGGCGAUUCCAGGAGGAAUGGUAGACGCCGGUGAAAAUGUGUCCGAAACUUUGAAACGCGAAUUUUCCGAAGAAGCCAUGUCUGGAGUAAAUGUUGAUGCAAAAGAUUUGAAAAAAUUGUGGGAAAAUGGCCGGGAAUUGUAUCGUGGAUAUGUGGAUGAUCCUAGAAACACAGAUAAUGCCUGGAUGGAAACUGUUGUUGUGAAUUUCCACGAUUCUGAGAAUAUCUUGAAAAAUAUCAAACUUCAAGCCGGUGAUGAUGCAAUUGCGCUCCGCUGGAUUGAAUUGGACUCAGAUGUUCCACUUUACGCGUCUCAUCGACAUUUUAUUGAUCUUCUUAAGAAUAAUUUGCAUUUUGUUUAG